CUGAUCCAUACUGUGCCAUUUUGGAACGAGUUUAGCCGCAGCCGACAAUUUAUCUGAUAAUAUCCCUGAAACCCUCCUGAGGAGAAAAUCGAUGCAGCUUCUCUGUAGUGAGAAUAUUUGUCAAAGAUUCCUAGGGAGAUAGUCGAUGCUAACUUCUCUGGAGUGAGAAUAUGUGUAAAAGAUCAUAUGACAAUUACAUGUUUGUCCUCGGCAAAGCUGUAAUGACAUAGCCAAUACAAAACUAUGCAACGGACUUCCUUGUUCCACCAACACAAUGGUAUUUCAAAGAAAAUCACCAUUCAAACACGGCGCUUUGUUGCUACCGUUUCCACCCAACCAGAGAAAGAUUACAACAACAAUAAUUAUCAUUAUCAGUAUGCAGAUGUUUUUUCUCUACUGCAGGCAUGCAAGAAUCUCAACCAACUCCAGCAACUCCAUGCCCACUUGUUUAUUUCUGGGUUUGCUCAAAACGCCGAGAUAGCUUCAAAAUUGUUGAAUAUUUAUGCCGAAUGUGGCAAUUUAGAGAGUGCUCGCCUGCUUUUCGACAAAUCUAGCAGAGCAUUCCAUCAGGAGAGAAGUCUGGGUAAAUUUAACAAACAUGAUGACAACAUUUCGUUCUGGAAUGCAAUGAUAAGAGAAUAUGCCAAUGGUAGGUUUUACACAGAAACGCUUAGAGUUUAUUACCAAAUGCAGCUCUAUGAAGGCCAAACUUCAAACAAUUCGACGUUGCCUUUCAUACUCAAGGCAUGUGCUGGUUUAUCAGCUUUGCAAGAGGGAAAGAGGGUCCAUAAUUACAUCAUCAAAGCUGGAUUUGAAUCGGAAGUCCACGUGAGUGCUGCUCUAGUAGACAUGUAUUCAAAAUGUGGGUGUAUAGAGGAUGCACGCCAAGUGUUUGACAAAAUGACUGAGAGGGAUGUCGUUUGCUGGACUGUUAUGAUAUCAGGGUAUUCACAGAAUAAAUAUGGUGAGGAGGCUUUGAGGAUUUUUGAUCAAAUGCAAGCAGUAGGUGUUAUGCCUAAUUGUGUUACCGUGGUAAGUGCACUUACAGCUUGCGGAGAAUUGGGAGCUCUGCAUCGGGGUAAGUGGAUCCAUGAGUACUUAGUUAGAAGGGGAUUUGAAUCUAAUGUGUUUGUUGGGACUGCCCUUGUGGAUAUGUAUGCAAAAUGUGGCAGUGUUGAGUUUGCACGGCAAGUAUUUGAUAGAAUGCCUAAGAGAAAUGUGGUCUCUUGGAGCGCGAUGAUUACUGGGUACGCCUUGAAUGGACAUGGAAAUGAGGCCUUGGGGAUUUUCAAUCAAAUGCAACUUACAGGUGUUAAACCCAACUCUAUUACCAUGGUAAGCUUGCUAUCGGCAUGUGCUCAUUUAAGAGCUCUUCAACAGGGCAAGCGGAUCCAUGAUUAUGUAAUUAGAACUGGACUUGAUUCAUUUGUUUCUGUGGGAACUGGCCUCAUUGACAUGUACGUCAAAUGUGGCAGUGUGGAGAUGGCACGCCAGGUUUUCGACAAAAUGAGUAGUAGAAAUGUUGUCUCAUGGAGUGCGAUGAUUACAGGGUAUGGAUUACAUGGAUAUGGCGAAGAAGCCCUAUUACUUUUUUCCCAAAUGAGACAGACAGAUAAGAAACCAAAUGAGAUUACUUUCCUAGGUGUUUUGAAUGCAUGUAGCCAUUCUGGUCAGCUAGAUGAGGGCAGGCAGUACUUUGAAUGCAUGACUAAAGAUUACCGCAUCACACCAACUUUGAAGCACUAUGCAUGCAUGAUAGACAUCCUUGCCCGAGCUGGUCAUUUCAUUGAAGCACAAGAUCUAAUAAAAGGAAUGCCAUUUGAACCUGAUAUAUGUGUGUGGGGAUCCUUACUUGGUGCCUGCAGAAUACACCAUAACAUUGAGCUAGGAGUGCAAGUUGCAGAGUAUAUUUUUGCAUUAGAAUCCCAAAAUGCAGGAUAUUAUGUAUUGUUAUCAAAUAUGUAUGCCACAGCUGGCAGAUGGGAUGAUGUAGCAAAGGUCAGAGUAAUGAUGAGAGCAAGGGGUGUGAAAAAGCCUCCUGGAUAUAGCUUCAUUGAGAUAAAUAGCCAGGUUCAUGCAUUCCUUGCAGGAGACAGAUCACACCCUCAAUCUGAGAAGAUUUAUGCUAUGUUGGAAAAAUUGACAGAACAGAUGAAGGAUGCAGGGUAUGUAGCAAGUACAAAUUUUGUGCUACAAGAGCUAGAUGAGGACGUGAAGGAACGCAUGCUUUGCAGUCACAGUGAGAGGCUGGCUAUUGCUUUUGGACUUGUAAGUACAAGCCCUGGCAUCCCUCUCCAUAUAACAAAAAAUCUCCGGGUAUGUGGUGAUUGCCAUACUGCCACUAAAUUCAUAUCCAAGAUUGUAAUGCGAGAAAUUAUUAUGAGAGAUGCAAACCGUUUCCAUCACUUCAAGGAUGGGUUGUGUUCUUGCAGAGAUUAUUGGUGAUUAUGAUUAAUGAUAAGAGAUUUUCACAAUUCAUGAUAUAGAAAAUGCCAA